UCUGCGCUGCACGCACUGCUCAGCAGCUGCACGCUCUCUCACGUCGUGCAGCGUUUUGACUGAAACAGAGAGAACAGCCUCCCUGGUUCGACUGCGCGAGGGAGCAGAACGCGUGCGGGCUGUAAUGGCUGCCAGGGGAGAGUGAGGAGGAAGACCACAAAUGAGGAAGAAAGAGGAGGAAGAAAGAGAAAAAAAAAGAAGGUGAGCAUGAAAAGAUGACAACUGCAGCUUCCUCCCCGUCGUCUCCUCUGCUGUGGCUUCCUUCUCUGCACGGAUCGCAGCGAGGACUAGGAUGGUAAGCAGCCAGCCGAAGUACGAGCUGAUCCAGGAGGUGGGGCGUGGCAGUUACGGCGUGGUCUAUGAGGCGGUGGUGAAGCGCACGGGGGCCCGGGUGGCGGUGAAGAAGAUCCGCUGCCACUCGCCGGAGAAUGUGGAGCUGGCUCUGCGCGAGUUCUGGGCCCUCAGCAGCAUCCAGAGCCAGCACCCGAACGUCAUCCACCUGGAGGAGUGCAUCCUGCAGCGGGACCAGCUGGCCCAGAGGAUGAACCACGGAUCCAGCUCCCCGCUCUACCUGGAGCUGGUGGAGACGUCUCUGAAGGGCGAGAUCACCUUCGACCCCUGCUGUGCCUACUACUUGUGGUUCGUCAUGGACUUCUGUGACGGGGGCGACAUGAAUGCCUACCUGCUGUCCCGCAAGCCCAGCCGCAAGACCAACACCAGCUUCAUGCUGCAGCUGGGCAGCGCCCUGGCCUUCCUGCACCGCAACCAGAUCAUACACCGCGACCUCAAACCAGACAACAUCCUCAUCUCCCAGGCCUGCACGCCGGCCGGUUCCACCGAGCCCACCCUCAAAGUGGCCGACUUCGGCCUGAGCAAGGUGUGCUCCACCUCCGGGCUCAACCCGGAGGAGCCGGCCAGCGUCAACAAGUGCUUCCUGUCCACGGCGUGCGGGACGGACUUCUACAUGGCCCCGGAGGUCUGGGAGGGCCACUACACGGCCAAAGCGGACAUCUUCGCCCUGGGCGUGAUCAUCUGGGCCAUGGUGGAGCGCAUCACCUUCGUGGACGUGGAGACCCAGAAGGAGCUGCUGGGGAGCUACGUGCAGCAGGGCUCCGAGAUCGUACCUUUAGGGGAGGCCCUGCUAGAGAACCCAAAGAUGGAGCUGCUGAUCCCCGCCAGGAAGAAGAGCAUGAACAGCCACAUGAAGCAGCUGAUCAGGGAGAUGCUGUCGGCCAACCCUCAGGAGCGGCCCGACGCCUUUGAACUGGAGCUCAGGCUGGUCCGCAUCGCCUGCAGAGAGCUGGACUGGGACACGUGAUGGACGAGCAAACGGCACCAGAGAACUCCGCCGAUCAAGCACGUGUACACAUCUCAUUAGCUACUAGAUCACAUAACAGGGGAUGGUUGUUUUCUUUUUCUUUUUUUUUUAAACUCGGGAACAAUAAUUAAAAUAGUCAUUGUUUGUGUCCUGGCUUAACUUCAUUCACUGUCCGAGCACAUGCAGUCCUCUACUGGCUGUGUCUUUUAUACUGGAGGGGGAGAGGUGCGACACCCGCCGCUGCUCCAAAUUGCAGCUUAGUCUCAGGCUAAUCACAUCACAGCUUCCUCUUCCUCCUUGCAGAAUCACUCGAGCGUUGCUGAACGAGCAAAAUGACCCCAAAAAGUUCUGGAUUCAAAGAGAAGAGAAAGUCAAAGUUAAAAACUGAGACAGUCUGUCUACAAAUACCAUCCUGGACUCGGUGCUAAUUGUUACUAAAUGCAAUAUGAGACAUUAUCCUGUGAUCAUUACAGCGUACAUUUAUCCAAAGGGCCGGCAUUAAAACACGAUCACGUCGAUGUGUUGGAUGUUGGGAGGCUUUGACGGAACCUGACAAACUUUAAAACUGAUUUCAGCCUGGUACACGACCACCAGCAUUCAUAUUAACAUCAAGAUUCAAUUCUGUUCUUGGCAUUAAAUGCAGUUAUGCCCUGAACGCUCAGGUAAAUAAAACAUACAGCAUGGUGGUAUUUGUAGACACAUGUCUACUGUCAAGGUCAGUUUUGCUCAGACGUCUGAGAGGGGGGGAAAAAAACAAAACAAAUCUUCGGUGCUUGAAGAUAACCUUUUUUUUUUUUUUUUUCUUCCUGUAGGCUGCUUUGUUGGUUUUUAUGAGCGGGGAACAUUUUUAUCAGUUAGCAACCAGCCAGCAGGUGUUGGAUUUCCCCUCUUUCUGCCCUUUACAGUUCUCGAGAUAAGCCGACUGGUCCCAGACACGCCCCUAACCAGUGUACCAGAAUGUAGAACGAUGGAGACACGUCACCUUUAUUUGUAAAGAGCCUUAAACACAAAACGCUUCAUUUGAAUUACAAAUCGCUUCACAAAGUUAAUGAGGAAGACCGCUUAAAUGAUAAUACUGGUUUAUUACAACUUGGUUCUUAUUUUCAUAGUUCCAGCCAUAGUAAUAACCAUAAAUGUUUGUAAUAUGUGAAAACAUUCUCGCUCUACACGUUGUUUUUCACCGCUGUCUCUCUCUCAUUCUUCAGAUACAGACCAUUACAUUCUAAGAAUAAAAUGACAAAAAUCUCAAAAAAACAGUCCACUCAGCCAAUCACCGAUAUAUUUGUCAAAUCGCCAAACAGCGUUAAUUGUCCCCUCUCUAAGCCCCGCCCCUUAUAACCACUGUUGCUAGGCCUGUUAAACUCACUAUAUUAUAGUAUGGCAUGAAAUGUUUAUUACCAAAAUAUCCUGGGGAAUUUACUUUCACUUUCUGCUCUAAAUAAACCGGUUUAGGUCAUCUGAUGGCUCGUUAACAACCGGUCUGAUCGGCCGUGUCUUGCCCCAUUGUUAACAUAACCGAUAGAAAAUAAUGUCCCAAACUGUGACAACAAAACCAAAGUUGUAAUAAACCAGAUUUAUCCUUUUUUUUUAAUCAAGAAAACCCGAACAACCGAGCACACUACAACAAAGCGAACAGGUUGGCAUAAGUUCAAAAGACUUUGUGGAGAUACUCUCCCACACGUCACAAACAAAUCCCUAUGUUGCUUAAAUGUAGAUUUAAUUAUCUGAAGGUUGAGCUGCAGUGACAUGAAUAUUCACAUCUGGGUCCAUUUAGACCUGAAUGAGUGUUAAAAAAAAAGAAAAAAAGAUUCAGUGAAUGUCACUGAAAGCACUUUUUUAUUCUGUUGUUUAUAUUUAUUCCUCAUAACUACCUGCUGCAUUAUGUGGAGGAGCUCUGUGAGGCUGGGUUCAGCGUGAUAACUGCAUCGGCAUUUGUUUACCGGGCGAAACACAAUGUCAGCCAACAGUCUACUUAUGCAUGCAGUGCCUCUCACCUUCAGGGAAGAAGUGAGAGAAGACACCAGCGCACACAAUCCUCCAUGAGC